CCGCGACCGAGCGAGCCCAGCGGUUCCGUGUGGCGGCGCGCGUCUCUCCGGCGGGAAACCUGAGAGUGGCUGCUCCACGCCGGUAGUUUCUGGUCUGAGAGGGAAAGGCAAGGCGGCGAGAUGACCGACCGCUACACCAUCCACAGCCAGCUGGAGCAUCUGCAGUCCAAGUACAUCGGCACGGGCCACGCCGACACCACCAAGUGGGAAUGGCUGGUGAACCAGCACCGCGACUCCUACUGCUCCUACAUGGGCCACUUCGACCUUCUCAACUACUUCGCCAUCGCCGAGAACGAGAGCAAGGCCCGAGUCCGCUUCAACUUGAUGGAGAAGAUGCUGCAGCCCUGCGGGCCGCCGGCCGACAAGCCCGAGGAGAACUGAGGCCCGGCCUGGCCGUGGCCGCCGCCGCGCGCGCCUCUCCCCGCCUCCUCCCGCCGCCCUCCCCGCCCCGCCCCGCC